AUGCGCGGAGAAGGAUCUGAAACGGUGGAGCUGGAUACAUUCCAGCGUGACCAAGAGCCGUUAAUGACUUCGUGUCCAACGGGCGAUCAGGAACCCGACAAGGGGAAUGUCAUGUCUAGUCUUGAAAAGGCGGACAAGAAGCUAGACAGGGUCAGAAACUGGAAGGUCGCCCUCAUUAAUGGAGCAAUUGCGUCGGUUAUUGUCCUUUUCUUCAACCUAGGGUUCGUGCUAUGGGCUAUCCGACGCUAUGAACUGGAAGAUGGGCACGGGACCAUCUAUACAGGUCAUUGUGAAAAGGCGCGGAGGAUCAGUGUUUGGUUUCACUUGGUUAUUAAUGUUCUGGGGACUCUUCUCCUGGGCGCGAGUAACUACGCGAUGCAAUUCCUAUGUGCACCCACAAGGGCUGAUAUCGAUCGCGCACAUGGGAAAGGGGCUGGACUAGACAUUGGAGUGCCCAGUGUGCGGAAUCGGACGAGGAUAUCCAAGAAGUGCGCCUUGCUGUGGAUCUUCCUGGCUCUUUCAUCCGUGCCUCUACACCUGGUGUACAACUCGACCGUUUUCCUGACAAUGUCGGCUAAUAGCUAUGAUGUUCUCAGGGCGAAUCCAUCACUCACCAGUCUCCCCGACGACGCCAAUCUCACGCUGUCGAGUAAUGGCUUUCAGGCUCAGAAUACAAUGAGCGCCUACGCUACAACGUUUCAGUCGACUUAUGGUAAUCUUAUUUUGAUUACGGACGAUGUGCACGCAACCGAGUAUGAAGCUAUGUACUACGAGGAGGUGGUCAAUGGCCACCCCGUUAACUACUGCCUGAGCGAAAAGCUCCCAGAAAAGUGCAAAGUACAGUACAGCCUGCCUCUGGCUAUCGUGGUGAUGGCGUUCAACCUAGUAAAGGUUGCGGUUAUUUGCUAUGCAGCGCUCACUUCGGCAGAUACUAGUAUGCCGAUUCUGACUUCCGGCGAUGCGAUUGCAUCCUUCCUGAGGACCCCGGAUGAGACUACAAAGGGGCAGUGUAUGGUUGCAAGAGAACGUCUAGGGACCCAGUAUGGCCCCCAGGUCGUGAAAUACCACAAGCUACACCACCGCUGGGGAUCGGCUGUGUCUGUCCUGCAAUGGCAAAUCUGUCUAUCAUCAUACGCUAUAUCCAUCUUCUUCGCCGUCAUCUUUCUAGCCGUCGGGCUCAGCACCGCCAGCACAUCCGACAAUCAGGACACCAGCCGAGUGUGGAAGCUCGGAUUAGGCGCCGCCGACCCCCUGACCAUCCUCAAGGGCGAUCACUGGCCAGUAUCACUUAUCGCAAACUCCCUGAUUGCGAACACUCCGCAGGCAAUAUUUUCGGUUCUCUACUUCGUAUUCAACAGCGUAUUCACCACCAUGGGCCUCUCCGCCGAAUGGAGCGACUACGCAGUCCACCGAAAGGGCCUCCGCGUCUCAACCACUCCCAAAGGGGCCCAACGAUCCACCUAUUUCCUAUCCCUGCCCAGUCGCUACGGCAUUCCCGUCCUUGUUCUCUCUACCCUCAUCCACUGGCUCAUGUCCCAGAGUCUCUUCCUUGUUGCUGUCCACGCACGAGCGGGACCCGGCGCAGGACCUCACCUCGUGCGGUUAUUCACCGGUGGCCAUUGUGUCAGUACUCUCGGUAGGGGCCGUCAUGCUUUCCUUUCUGGUUGCGUUGGCCUUUAG